AAAUGAGGAGAAGGGAAGAAAUUGAGUUGCUUGCAAAAUCGCGAACGAUAUUCACAGAUUUUGAAAAGGUUACCGAAAAGUACUACAAUCAAUUACGCUCAGUGUCUGAAAAACUUGAGGAUACUUCAGAGGUAAGUUAUGAAAAUGUUGCACUCGUUGGCACUCAAAACCGAUGCGUAUGUCUCUCAGGUGAAAAAGGUGCAAGAGGUGCUGUGUACAGUACUAAGCUGUGACGAAGAUUUGAUCGAAAAAGUUGAUAAAAGCAUUGAGGCACUUAAAGAAAGACCCGAUCUGCAAGGCGCAUUCAUGGAUCAAAAUAAGGAAGAAAAACUGAAUAUAAAGACUGUAAAGUUAUUUGUAGCUGAACUGGAUUGUGUCUGCACAAGGAUAAAGGAGUGUAUGAUAAUGGAACACUCUACUUUGCUAAAGUCCAUGCCUAAAGAUGGAAGCAAAGAAGAGAUAAGCGUUGAGGGAGGGGCGAUGAUGCUUGAAGUGAGCGGUACUGAAGGAGAAAAUACGUACCUAUCGUUAUCAAAUCCUAUGAAUGAUUAAUUUAUUAAAAGUUGGAUUAUGCGAUUGAUUUUUGGUAUUGAAAUUAUUCGUCGCUCCGACUGGCAGAUAAAGCGCUUGAUUAGUUCUAGCGCGUGAUUAACGUUUGUAGGAGAAUGAAGGACAGAUCCUAAAUAUUGAUGUUUUGAAAAACGAAAAGUUAGUGCCACAUAACAGACGUGCUGUUGAAAUGCUGAACUAAGAAGACGAAGGAGCUGCAAGUGCUACGGAUGGGUAAGCUAAACAAAACAAUAUGCGCGUUUUGGGCUAUGAUUGACAAUGAAAAAAAUUGUUACACCUCUAAAUUGAGAAAGGGCUUUUUUAGUGUUUUGGGAGGAGAAUUUAUUGCAAACCGUGACCUGCAGGCUUUGGUAUUGCUGCGGUUGAAGCACACCACUCCGUUGUUAUUCGAGAGCAUUUAAUUUAUCAUGCAGAAUUCUGACGAAAGCAAAGAAUAUACGAUUUUGUGGAUUAGUAUAAUUAGGAAAAUUAUACGAGUUUGGAAGCUAGUACAAUUCCAUGGUUUUAACGAACCAGAAAAAAGUGCUGCUGCACAAAGAGAUAAAUAAACAUACUUUCAGUAAAAAAAGUUAUAAUCGUUUCUAACGGACAUAAAAAGUAUGCUCAUUGUUGUUUCGCGGUAUUGUCCGUGGAAUAGAAGAUAACGCAGCUGAACAAACUUAUUUUGAUGAAGAAGACAGGUGUAAAGGUGCAAUGAUGGUAGCAAAUAAACAUGGUUUGAAAUGACCAAAAUUUUAUUCGUUUACCAUUUCUAAAGUUC